UACAUGUUCACAAUCUACGCUGAGUGUAUACACACAUGCUUGUUUAGAUGGAAGUUAGUCUAUUAGGACUGGUGUAUUUCAAAUGUUUUCAGGUUAACUUGGGGGUUUCAUUGGUAAACCAACAAGGCUGAGGUUCUCUUGUGUAAUAUCUGCCCUUUUCCUUCUCACGCUGUCUGUGUGCCCGCGUCUCUCUCUUGAGAUAAGGUGGGGCUAAUGGGGAACUGUCUGCUGAACUGACUACGAUGGAUGGAUGGAUCCACUGCUGACAGACUAGAAAAUGAUUUGAUCCAGAUUAUGACAGACUCUGAAGCUUCAAGUGCGGGGGAGAAUACCCCUCCCUACAUGAUAUUUGUGGUGGUGUUCCUCUUCUUCGUCACUGGACUGCUGGGUUUCCUCAUCUGCCACCUGCUGAAGAAGAAAGGCUACCGCUGCCGAACUGGAGACAUGGACAAUGAAGAUGAGGAUGAGAAAGUUGGAGGAAAUACAGAUGAGGAGGAUGAAGAGAACCAAGAUACGGUGGAGCAAAUCCUCAAGUGCAUCAUUGAAAAUGAAGCAAACAUGGAAGCUUUCAAUGAGAUGUUGGGAAACCACAAUGUCUGUGUGCGCCAUGACCCCAGGUUGCGCAAGGAAUCAAUUGGUGGUGUUCCCCCUCAUCACCACACAGUCCACUCAGGCACCGACCACAACUCCUGCCACCUCUGUGCUCAGGUUCAAUCUAAAAAGGGCCGCAGACAAAGCAGAACCCCCCGAUUCAGACAACGGCCUGGAGAACAGACCGUAUUCUCUGUUGGCAGAUUUCGGGUGACGCACAAUGAUAAGAAGCUCCAUGGAGGUCCCAAUCCAUUGGUUAGUUCAGGGGACCAGCUGGAUCAAUCCCAGGAUAGUGAGGAGCAGAAGGAGGGAGGGUACAACCUGAGGAGCAUGUUCAAAGAUGUCCGGACCUCCUCAGAGGGUGCCAAUGGGGUUGUCCCAAAUGUGGGGAAGCGAAGGAAGAGUGUGACCAUAUUUGGGCUGAGGCGGGGCAGUGAAACUGUUGGCAUUAAAGAGGUGGCGGGGACAGGUCGGGAAGCCGGAGGUGUUCAAUUUGCCAUUCAGAAGGAACCUGUCUUAUUGGAGGAGCUGGUACAAGCACAGAACAUUGAGACUGCUUCUGAAUGUGGUACUAAAUGGGGUUCUACACCCGGAACUGAGCCCUCACAGACUGAAAUGCCUGCUCCACUGCAAAGUGAGGUUGAAACAUCAGGUUCUGUUAAUUCUCCCUCUUUUCCAAGUAAGCAACAGACCCAUGACUUUAGCUCUGCUCCUGAACCUCGUAUGAACCUCAUAAUUAAACCUUCAGUUGGGAGUACGGCAACUUCCGCCCUCAGCUCAUUUCUCAUUUCAUCUCCCACUAUGCUCGGACAUACAUAUACUGCAACAGAGAAACAGGGACAUGCUGGAGACAAAAUUAUGAAAAAUGAACAGGAUUAUGAUCCUGGGCCUCUUCAGACCUCCACACCAACUAUCCCCAUGACAGUAUCUAUUCCAGGUUUCACCCCUGUCAUUCCUACUGGUCAGAGUGAAUCCUGUUUGAGCACAGUUUUUCCAGUCAUCCAGACUCCCCCUUACCCAAGCUCCAGCCCAGAUCCGGAACACGGCUUUGGUGCUAGCCUAGCUUUUAUAAAUUUAGGCUCAUCACCUCAGUCUUCAUUCCCAAUCAAGACCCCACCUUCAAUCUCUUUGUUGAAAACUCCUACAUCACCUCAGACUGUUAUGUCUAGCCCUGCACUAAGCUCAAGAAAUAAACCACCAGAGAGUAUAAAAACAGCUCGUUCAACUGCCCUCACUCCAAGUCCCAAACUUCCAUUAGGUCAAGCGAUGUCAAGCCAAUCUAAUAUCGCCAGUUCAUUAGAAGCCCAAACUCCCUCACCUGCUCUUAGUGGUAGCCCCAAACUUACCACUUUUCCAGUAUCAUCACAACAACACAACAUCACAACUCUCUCCUUUUCUCCAGCUGACCAAAACCCAGAUUUAUUAACUUCAACUCCUCUGCAGUCAGAAAGUGUCAUGUCGGUAAAAUCUGUGACCAUAGGCGAUAUGGUUUCAAGCCCACUAUCUAUAAAGGAAGAAAAGCAAGCCAGAAUCCCAAAUACAGAAGAGAAGACAGAAAAAAAGAUGGUUGGGAUUCUCAAAACAGCUGAACUUCUACCAGUGGAGGGAGGUGUUAAAGGCCUUGUCCUUUCCUUUCCCUCUGAUCCGGUUCAUAAAGAUGGACUGAGCAGUUUGCAACCGUCUCCCUCCAGCCCACUGUCGACAGCCGCAUUAGGAGGGAGCAGAAUAAGUAGUAUGACCAUCUUCAAAGCCAGCCCUGACAGCAAGAGAGAGUUUUCUGUUGUCACUAUGAUGGAGGAUGAAGAGUACACUUCAUUAACAAAAGACCAGAAAAGAGAAACAUGUAAAGAAAAAGAAGAAAUGGUGGAGAUGGAAGAUAUAAAAGACUGCAAGGUGAUGCAGUUGCAAGAAGCAGAGCGAGAGAGGGAGGAGGUGGAGAAGACGGUAGAUGCUCAGUUGAUUCAGGACUAAGAGGUACAUUCUCAAGAUGGUGAAAGCUGAAGCCAUGUGAUAAUCCAAAUAGUCUUGGAUUAUUAUUAUUAUUACACUCAGCUGACUAUAGGAAAGGAAGGCUUUUGAUGAUAUAAUACAUAAUGAACACACCUUUGCUCAUUUAACCACAGCUAAGAAUAUAUUGCACUAAGCAGGUUAGGGUCAGUUGUGGAAACUCCCAGAUUUUGACAAAUGACAUACACUUUACUACACAGCUAACCUUUUAUAUAACAUGCUUUUGGGUUUUUGCCUUUUCUAGCAAUACUAGUCACAUGGCUAUAGGGAUAUAAAUGUCAUUUGGCUUUAGUCGAGGCUAAAAUAGCUCAACUAUCAAUCAUUGGCCUAUGGUUAUCUUGGGUGAUGAAUCGUUAUGAUGUUGAGAGAUUCCCACAUUAUUCGAUCCAACAACCUCGGUUGUUACUUGUGCUAUCCUCUGGAGUCUCCAUGAGGUUUACAUGAAUGAUUAUUAUACCUCAACAACUGCUUCUGACACAUUUGCUUCUGACACAUAUGUACCCUUCAUGAUGAAGUUUAUGAGUGUUUGACAUGUCACCUGGCACCAUGAUCAGGUCAAUAAUUCCAGUACAACAGUACUCAAAGUCUGGGGGCCCUGGAUACUGUAGAGAUUAUUGCUCAAAUACAUCUAAUAGAAAGAGCUUGUUGUAGUUUUUUAAGUGAUAUUCUAUACUGGACCAAAGUGGUGGUCUGACCAGCUGACUGAAGGGCUGACAAACUACCAAUUCCAAAGAUUGUUAUUGAAAACGUGUAUUUAGUUUCGAAAGCACUGCUGACAAUUUACAUGUUGCAUUGAUGCAGACUUGAUGCCUACUUUCAUGGAUCAACUCAAGGAACCCAGGAUUCUUUUAGUAUAUUAUUCAUAAACAUGACUUACUUGGAAAAAUACAUUAUGUCUAAAAUAAUACAGGAUUAAUUUAGAAAGUGGUCAGCAAUUAUGUAAAAUACUGCUAUACUAAAAAGGUAAACUUGUCACAAUUUUAUGGCAAAUUUCUUGAGUUGUUUUAUGAUGAAAGAAUAUCAUUUUUUGAUUUACUCACCUUGCCUUUUUUGAUUCCUAGUUGGUGACUACUACUAAUGAUAUGCACAACCACAAUGAUGAUUGUUUAAACAACACAUACCCAGGCAUGAUAAUGUGGUGUCCCAUAGGCUAUGUGAAAAAAUCUCUUAGACUACAGAGUUAUGAACCUUCCACAGAAUAAAACUCUGCAGUCCUCAAAGCUGUGAAACUAUAAAUAAUAUAGACAAUACAUUUUAAAAUAAGAUAUGUAUUUCUAAUUAUGAUUGACAAGUCUGACAGUAAAGCAUAUACGCAACAGGUGAUGUUGUGCAUUGGUAAGUGUAGCAGAACUCUCCUCUGAUGACUUUUGGUCCCCCUCAUUUGCGAAUAUAUUGAGCAUAAUGAGAAAUACAAGAACACACCAGUGUCUGGCAAACUUCAUUCUGUGAUUCCAGUUGACAGAGCUGUCUUUUACAGGCGUAUGGCACUUUAUAUAAAGUCUUUAUACACAGCUUAACAUAUCAUCUUCAAUGUACAGUGUAACUAUAUACUCUAAUGCCUCUGUUAUUGUUGCGGUCAUGUGGUUAAACAGUAUAUCCUGUAAUAACAAUCUUAAGUCAUAUGCCAGAGAACAGAUUGUGUAUGUCCAUUUUGACACAGAUCUAAGUAAAAUAUUUUUUUACAAGUAUAGGAUAUUUAUUAUCAACACUGUCCAACGCAAAACUCUCAAGCUCUUAUGUUCCAACAGUGGACAUAAUACUCUGCUGUGUAAAACUUGCAUCCUCACAACUAGAGAGACAAUCAUCUGUCUGUUUUCCCACGAUCCAAAAUACAAUGUAGUCCUGUCAUUUCCCCUACUGUUGGUCAUGUAAUAAUCUUAGUUUUGUUGUGCUCUUGUUGUCAGUGCAGGUGAACAAAUUGCCCUUAACAGGUCAAAUUAGGAGUUGGCUAGACAAUAUUUAUGUAUUUCUAAUUCUAAUGAACAAAAACUUUAGAAAUUAAUUUCUGUAUAGGGAGUCGUAUUUUUCCUACUUUUGUCAUGAGCAUGGUGACAUCAUAGAUAUGUAGUUAUUCAGAUCUGUAUUUAUUUAGAUUUGUACUGGCUGUCAUUCAGUGUGUAUACAUUCCAGCCUCUGUAGACUGAUUUAAUACUAAUUGAAAAUAAGUAGUUUACUAGACAAAGUUCAGAGGUUUCAAGUAUGAGGUCAAUGUCAUUUCCUGCCUUCAUGAGAAAGCAACUAGAGAAUUUAUUCUGUCCUAACUUUUAUCUCACUCUCUGUCUUCAAUGAAUCAUCAUGUUUACCAUCUUAACAAUCUUCAUGUUAAUAUCCUUGACUUGUGUCAAGAUGUUUGUUACCCUGUCCACUUGUUUGUUUGUCGGGUUGAUGGAUGUUAGUUUGUCAGGAUUGCACAGAGACUACUGAAGGGAGCUCCAUGGAACUUUGUGGAAGGAUGGGACACGAGAGAGUUCUUUAAAUGUGAACAACGGGGCAUAUCAAAUGUUUUUCUCUUUCUUUAACAUCGUGAGAUAGGGCAUUUGUUUUGACAUUUUCACCAUUUCCCAGGAAAUAAUGAAUGGGUCUUUAUGGGAAAAAAGGAACAGAUAUUUAUAUAUGUGUAUUUUGAUGUGAUAAUGGAAUUUAAGGGGACUUUUUGCCUGUGGCAGUAGUAUGUGCCUCAUUGAGUGCCAUUCUAUUUUUGAACUGUGCUCAUGGUUUGCAUGUCAACUUUGCUGGUUGCUAAACAAACCACAGCAGCUGGUGUGUGUGCCCCGUUUAACCAGUUGAAUAGUUAACCAUACCAAUAUGUAUAAUUGGUGAAUGCUAAAGGUAAAUGUGAAUAAAGAGGACAAUAGAUAUUUUCUUUGAACUUGCCCGAUGCAGCUACAGUCACUUAAGAAGCUUAAGAAAUGUAUAGAUGCAUCAUAUAUGUAUUACACUGCACUGAAAAUAUAGAAUAAAUAUGAAAUGUCCUAACAGGGCAGCAAUCAGCAUAUCAGCCAUAUUAUGUUCACGAAAGAGAACAAUGUGAAACCAAUUACUUGUCAAUAAAGAACAGAUUGCUUAUAUUA